AUGACAGUAACAAAACUCCCUUUCCACGCCGACCACAUCGGCUCCCUCAUCCGCCCAACCGCCGUCUCCGACGCCCAAGAUUCAUUCGAUGCCGGCAAGAUCAGCCAACAAGAACUUCGGUCAACCCAGCAAAAGGCGAUCCAAGACAUCGUCAAGAAACAACAAGACCAUAAUGUCCGCGCCCUCUGCUCCGGAGAAUUCGACAGGAAAUACUACUUCUCCGGUUUCUUCGAGAAACUCGAGGGCUUCAAGGAGGUAUCUCCGGUACCAUGGGAUCUUGCACGCUUGAGUGCGGCCCCCAUCGCGGCGUUGAAGAAGGCCGGGAAACAAUAUCCUAUGGCUGCUAUUUGCGAGGGGAAGAUCAAGUACGUCGAGUCGCCGUAUCUGGAUAACUGGAAGUUGUUAAGGGAGUGCAUACCAAAAGAGCAAUGGAAAGAUUGCAAGUUCACCAUGCCACCGCCUUGCUACUUCCACCUGAGAUUGGCGAAGGGGAAGUGCUAUAAUACGGAUGUGUAUAAGAACGAUGAGGAGUUCUUUGAAGACUUGGCCAAGGCGUAUAGGCAGGAGAUCAAGACGUUGUAUGGAGAAGGUCUGAGGAAUCUGCAAAUCGACGAUCCGACUUUGGCGUAUUUCUGCUCGGAUGAUAUGUUGUCCGGUUUGAGGGAUGAUGGAGAGGAUACCGACAAGAUGUUCCAGGCGUAUCUGAAGGCGCACAAUGAUUGCAUUGCUGAGAGGCCAGAUGACAUGCAUGUUGGUCUCCAUGUCUGCAGAGGCAACUUCUCGAAGUCAAUGCACUUCAGCGAGGGUUCUUAUGAGAAAAUCGCCGAGCAAUUCUUCAAGACGCUGAACUACGACACCUUCUACCUUGAAUACGAUAAUCCGCGAUCCGGCGGCUUUGAACCUUUGCGCUUCUUGCCUAACCACAAGAACGUUGUUCUCGGUGUCGUCACAACCAAGGAACCAGAGCUAGAAGACAAGCAAGUCAUCGUCGACCGCGUAAAGCAAGCGGCUGAGAUUAUCGCCAAGGGUCAAGGUAGGAGUGUGAAAGAGGCGAUGGAGAAUAUCGGCAUUUCGCCGCAGUGUGGGUUCGCUUCCGUCGCUGUUGGUGCCGAGGGCAUGACAGAGGAGAAGAUGUUCGCCAAAUUGAAGCUUGUUAAGGAUGUUGCUAAGGAGCUGUGGCCUGACAGACCUUGA